UCAAAUGCACCUUUGUACUUUAGCUUCUCGAACACCAAAUUUCCACAUUAACUCUUCCACCCUCUCCCUUCCAUCUUCUCUCUCUCUUGUCUCUACAUUCCUCAUCGUCGUCAUCACCAUCCCCGUAGCAACAUAACAUACUAAAACGCCUUGGAGAAGCGUAGAAGGGAUCAAAUCCGUGCAAGAUGGACAAUUUGUUCGUGAUCACUUGGGUGGCUACGAUUAUGAUCGUGCUAGCAACUAUCCUUUGCACGAGUUGGAACAAGCUGAGGUGGAGGAGGAGGAGGAGGAGGACGAGAAGAGCCCAGCUCCCUCGAGGGACUUUCGGGUGGCCCCUCGUCGGCGAGACCCUCGAUUUCGUGUCCUGCGCCUACUCCCCUCGCCCGGAAAGCUUCAUGGACAAGCGCCGGCUCCUGUACGGGAAGGUGUUCAAAUCGCACAUCUUCGGGAGCCCCACGAUCGUGUCGACCGACGCCGAGGUCAGCCGGUUCGUCCUCCAGAGCGACGCCAAGACCUUCGUGCCGUGGUACCCGAAAUCCCUCACCGAAUUGAUGGGCAAGUCCUCCAUCCUCUUGAUCAAUGGGAGCCUCCAAAAGAAGGUCCAUGGCCUCAUUGGCACCUUCUUCAAAUCCCCGCACCUCAAGGCUCAGAUCACCCGCGACAUGCAGCGCUACGUGCUCGAAGCCAUGAACCACUGGCAGGAUGACCAGCUUAUCCACAUCCAAGAUGAAAGCAAAAGGAUUGUGUUCCAAAUUCUAGUAAAAGGAUUGAUCGGCUUGGAACCAGGCGAGGAGAUGAACUUUUUAAAGCAGCAAUUCCGGGAAUUUAUUGCGGGUUUGAUGUCUUUGCCUCUGAAGCUACCCGGGAGUAGGCUUUACAAAUCACUACAGGCAAGUCUGGCAAAGAAGAGGAUGGUGAUGCUGAUAGAAAAGAUCAUCCAGGAGAAGAGGAACAACAGGAACGGGUGCACCCAAAGGGACGUCGUCGAUGUUCUGAUCAACGAUGCCAGCGAUCAAUUAACCGAUGAUCUCAUAUCAGACAACAUGAUCGAUUUAAUGAUACCAGCCGAGGACUCUGUGCCUGUUCUUGUAACGCUGGCGAUCAAGUACCUCAGCGAAUGCCCGCUUGCUCUCCAACAUCUGGAGGAAGAGAACAUGAACUUGAAGAAGCAAAAAUCUGUGACCGGGGAAAACUUGCAGUGGACCGAGUACAUGUCUCUGUCGUUCACUCAGGAUGUCAUAACAGAGACUCUCCGAAUGGGGAACAUCAUAAGCGGCAUCAUGCGCAAGGCAGUGAAAGAUGUGGAGAUAAAAGGGCAUUUCAUACCCGAGGGAUGGUGCGUGUUGACGUAUUUUAGAUCGGUCCACCUCGACGAGAGCCUUUACAAGGAGGCCUACAAGUUCAAUCCAUGGAGGUGGAAGGACAAGGACAUGAGUACUUGUAGCUUUACUCCUUUUGGAGGUGGGCAGAGGCUGUGUCCCGGGCUUGAUCUGGCCAGGCUGGAAGCUUCCAUCUUUCUCCACCAUUUGGUCACCGGCUUCACGUAAGGAUGGCCACAAAUAUCUCCUCCACUCGUGUAUACCACCUUGUGUGGGUGGCCGAGCAGGACCACAUAAUUAACUUUCCCACCGUAAGGAUGAAGGGAGGAAUGCCUAUCCGGGUGAGAAGGAAGAUCAAGGAAUCGCCCUUCCUCGGUUAACGUAAAAAAAAAAAGGUAGGGGGGGGCAGCAAAAGGUCCGUCAGUCUGCACACGUGCGGGCGCAGGCGAAAAAGCGGCACCAAAGGCUGUGAUCUUUAUCCCCGAGGGCGCUGCCUCUGCCAUUGUCAAUUGCAGGAGGGCCCCACCUAGAGGCCUCUCUGUAGACCUAUACACAGUAUAAAGAUCCUGUAUAUAUAUAUAUAUAUAUAUAUAUAUGAGAGUACACAGAGAAAGAUUAGGAUGGACCCAUUGCCCAUGUCACACAGUCUUAGGUUCACAAGCUCCAAGAAAAGAAUCAAGUGAGAGCAGGGAUGGGUUCUUUUGUUUUUUUCUUUGUUUAUUUGGCGUUCCGGGUCAAGGGGUUCUGAGACUUUUUGACCAGGGAAAGCUGGUUUUGGGGCAGAUUGGUUUUGGGGAGGGUAUGCAGGGACUGGAGAAGGCUAAGCAAGCUAUGGCUUUGGGAAUUCCACCGGUUGGCUCUGCCCCAGUUUCAAGCUGCGAGUGGGAGAAUGUGGAAGAUGUGCACCGCAUCCAACGAAAGAACUGAUGAGAGAGAAGGCUAAUCUUAUCACCUUGGAUGCUCUUGUAUUCAUUUCUCUUUAAAAUAUCUUUUCUGUUCUUGGUUCUGGCAGCUGUUUAUAAAUGCGGGAAGGGGUGGGUGGAUCCCACUUUGAGGUGAAAUAUAAGAUAAAAGAAGGCAUGGGCAAGUGCUAUUAGUAAAUUGUAGUAAGAUGUGAUAGGGACCCUUUUAUGGCAAAGCAUAUAGUAAAUUUUUUUUUGCUCCAAAUUUAUUGAAAAUUGCUUGAUUAUUCUCAACUUUAA